AACCUUCCCACAUCGUGUUUAUAUGAUACCCUUUUCCUCUCUCUCUCUCUCUCUCUGGUUGUUUUAGUUUAUUUUUUUCCCCUUUGGUUUGUAGGUUUCUCAGGGCCCCCAAGGAAACGCAGGUAUAUACGAGUAUAGGAGAUGUUAGAGCAGUUACUGAUAUUUACUCGAGGAGGAUUAAUCCUCUGGACAUGUAAAGAGCUCGGAAAUGCUCUUAAGGGAUCACCAAUCGACACCUUGAUCCGGUCUUGUCUCUUGGAAGAGCGAUCCGGUGCAGCAUCAUACAACUAUGAUGCCCCAGGUGCCGCUUACACACUCAAAUGGACCUUCCAUAAUGAGCUUGGCCUUGUAUUUGUCGCCGUAUAUCAGCGGAUUCUCCAUCUGCUGUAUGUGGACGAUCUGCUUGCAAUGGUGAAACAUGAGUUUUCUCAAAUUUAUGAUCCGAAACGGAUGGCCUAUAGUGAUUUCGAUGAAACUUUUAGGCAACUGAAAAAGGAGGCUGAGGCUCGGGCUGAGGAUUUGAAGAGAUCAAAGCAGGUGGUGGGCAAGUCUCUAAAUAAUAGUAAGAAGCAAGGAUAUAUGCAAAAGGCUGGAUUUGAAGGAGUGACUAACAAAAAAAGCAGUGAAAGUAAUUCCUCCAAUGAUAGUGAAGACGGUGAUAAUAGGAAGGGCCGUAAAUUGGAGAAUGGGCACUCCAAUGGUAAUUAUGUUCAUAAUGAAGAGUCUAAGUUUAAUGGUCGUGCUAAUGGUAUAGAAAAUGGGAGUUCGAAUGCUGGGGCUUUUGAUGUAAAUAAGCUUCAAAAGCUCAGAGCUAAAGGUGGGAAGAAAACUGAACCUGCUGUUAGCAAGGGCUCCUCCAAGGCAGAGCCAAAGAAAAAGAUAACAAAAAAGAACAGAGUUUGGGACGAUUCACCCCCUCAGGCAAAACUGGAUUUUACAGAUUCUGUGGGUGAGAAUGGAGACAAUAUAGAGGUUGUUGCAGCAGAUCAUGGUGAAAGUAUGAUGGACAAGGAAGAGAUAUUCAGCAGUGAAAGCGAGGGUGAAGAAGAUGAGGAAGUGGGGAAGGACAGCAAGCCUGAAACUAAGAAGAAGGGAUGGUUUUCAUCAAUGUUUCAAAGUAUUGCGGGCAAAGCAAAUUUGGAGAAGUCAGACCUGGAACCAGCUUUGAGAGCUCUCAAGGAUAGGCUUAUGACCAAGAAUGUGGCUGAGGAGAUAGCAGAGAAACUCUGUGAAUCAGUGGCAGCAAGUCUUGAAGGGAAAAAGCUGGCUUCAUUCACAAGGAUAUCUUCGACAGUGCAGGCUGCAAUGGAAGAAGCUCUUGUACGUAUUUUAACUCCUAGGCGCUCUAUUGACAUAUUGAGGGACGUGCAUGCUGCAAAGGAACAAGGGAAGCCUUAUGUCGUUGUUUUUGUCGGUGUUAACGGAGUUGGGAAAUCUACCAAUCUAGCAAAGGUUGCCUACUGGCUUCUGCAGCAUCAGGUCGGUGUCAUGAUGGCUGCUUGUGACACAUUCCGAUCUGGAGCUGUUGAGCAGCUGCGGACUCAUGCACGAAGGCUCCAGGUCCCUAUAUUUGAGAAGGGGUAUGAGAAAGAUCCUGCAAUUGUAGCAAAAGAAGCAAUCCAGGAGGCAACACACAAUGGUUCUGAUGUGGUUCUCGUUGACACAGCUGGUCGAAUGCAGGAUAAUGAACCAUUGAUGAGAGCACUCUCAAAGCUUAUUUACCUUAACAAUCCAGAUCUGGUCUUGUUUGUUGGAGAGGCACUGGUUGGAAAUGAUGCCGUUGAUCAACUUUCAAAGUUUAAUCAGAAAUUAGCGGACCUUUCGCCUUCACCCAAUCCAAGAUUGAUAGAUGGGAUCUUGCUCACUAAAUUUGAUACUAUUGAUGAUAAGGUUGGAGCUGCACUUUCAAUGGUUUACAUAUCUGGUGCCCCGGUCAUGUUUGUUGGCUGUGGACAGUCAUAUACAGAUCUCAAGAAACUCAAUGUCAAAUCGAUAGUCAAGACCCUCCUUAAAUGACCAUAUGUGUUAGUUUCAUCCUUCUUUGUGUUAUCUGUCUUCUAUGAACAUGUAUGGUGUUGCUGAACUUCUGUGUCAUUCCUCAUGAGCCCAUGAACUUGUUGGAGGUGAAUCGGUCGCUUGCAUCUGUUGCUUAUAUUAUAGUUAUCUCAUUUGUUA